AUGCAAUAUGUGUACUCCAUGCGGCUCUGUGACGUUGAUAAGGCCCUGCCCUGUGAGUGUGCGACGAGAGGGGAGGGUGGACUGGGGAAGGUGCGAGCUGGGGAUGAGCGUGAGGUUCAUAGACGCGUAUGGACUCUCAAACAGAAGAUUGCAGAGGCGAAGGCAGAAUCGGGAGAUCACAGUCCAAGGGAUGAUGCCGCUGAUGCUGCUGCUGCUGCUGCUGCUACUGCUGCUGCAGCAGCUGCUGAUGCUGGUGACGAGGAUGAUUCUGAUUCUGAUGACGAUCUAUUUACUACUGACCUGGGCCAAAACGAUGGCAGAUUUACUGGGGGCAAGGGUGGUGCUUCUGGUGCUGGUGGCUCUACUGCUCCUGCCGCUGCUGCUGCCAAAACUGUAGCUGCUGGUGGCACUAGUGGCGGCAGCAGUGGAACGGAAGGCGUGAAGAGGGGGACAAGGGGCGUUGCAGCAGAUAGGGUGAAUUCUGCGACGAAAGGAGGGCAGGCAGCAAGUGGUGCAGGUGCUACUGGGGCAGGUGGUACUGGGGCAGGUGGUACUGGGGCAGGUGGUACUGGGGCAGGUGGUACUGGGGCAGGUGGUACUGGGGCAGGUGGUACUGGGGCAGGUGGUACUGGGGCAGGUGGUACUGGAAAAUCAGGAGGUGAUCUAACCAUUUCGGAAAGGUUCAGGCUGAAGAAACUGCAGCAGACGCAGCAGCCACAGAAAAUUCCACCACAGCAGCAGCAGCGAUUUUCCAGGCUGCAUAAGCGAAAGCAGGAGCAGAGUCAGCAAGGUCUCAUUGAUUCCGGUUCCGGGUUGAGGCGACAGAUGGAGGAGAAAAGACUGGAGCGAGGGCGGAUGGAGCAAGAUCAGGUGGGGUUGGACGAGUUGGAAGACUCGCCUGGGGAGUCUUUCCCCUCUCAGCCUCUGCCUACCACCACCACUCGUCGUGCUGCUGGUGGCAAAGAGGGAAGGGCUGGAAGGGCACGUGGAAGGGCAUUUGAGGAGGAGGAGGAGGAGGCGGAGGAGGAGGAUGACGUGGUGGAGGUGGGUGCGGGGGAUGUUUGGAGGAGCGGGGCUAGGCAGGGCCAGGGUCAAAGAGUGGCAACUUCAGGAGGGACACGUGUAGGGAAGAGCUGCUGUGAGGAAGCUGCAGGUUUGGCAGGAAGGAAAGGUGCAGCAGGAGUGAAGGGAGGUGCUGUGGGCAAGGGGGGUGAUGAAGAAAUGGAAACGGGAGUGGUGAAAGCAGGAGUGGUGAAAGGAGGGGCGGUGAAAGGAGGGGCGGUGAAAGGAGGGAUGGUGCAAGGAGGGGCGGUGAAAGGAAGGGCGGCGGAGGAAGUGAUAGAGAUAGCCGAUGACAGCACUGACGAAUUGGAGGACUCGCCUGAAGACGUGAUCUUUCCCCGCCGGCAUCUUCUUGAGGCACCUCAUAAAUCACCUCAAUGCUUGGAGGACUCGCCUGAAGACGUGAUCUUUCCCCGCCGGCAUAGUCUGCGCGUAAAGAAAAUCAGCGCUCGUGCUGGUGCUGGCGCUGCUGCUGGUGGUGGUGCUGGUGGUGCUGCUGGUGCUGCUGGUGCUGCUGGUGCUGGUGCUGGUGGUGCUGCUGGUGCUGGUGGUGCUGCUGGUGCUGGUGCUGGUGCUGGUGCUGCUGCUGCUGCUGCUGCUGCUGGUGCUGCUGCUGCUGCUGCUGCUGCUGCUGCUGCUGGUAGUGGUGGCGGUGGUGGUCUGGGUGGAAGCCUGAGGGAGGAGGGGGAGGGCAGGGGGGGUCAUGAGAGGCACCAGGAAGAGGCUUGCAGUAGCAGGCAGGAUAUUGCUGGAAACCCAAGGGAGAAACGUCAAGAGGCUGUUGGGGCGCCUGUGAAAGAGGCUUCUAGUAGAAAGGAAAACCGGCAGGAGGCUGCUGAAAGCCCAAGGGAGAAGGACCAGAGGGUUUCUGAGGCGCCUGUUGCAGUGGCUUGCAAUGGCAGGAAGGCGGUGGUUGAAAGCUUAGGGAAGGGGGGUAAGGGGGUGUUUGAGGGUUCGAUUAGAAAGGCUUGUAGUGGCAGGCAGGAAGUGGGUGAAAGUGAAAGGGAAGAGGGUGGUGAUAGGGAGGCUGAUGGGAGAGAUGGAGAUGGGUGGGCGGACGAUUGGAAGGAGUUGGGUGUGGUGGGAGAAGAUGGGCAAGGAGAGUUGAAAGAAGAAGAGCUGUUUGAUUAUCUGUUACAGCAAGGGAUUGCAGGAGGGAGGGCUGGAAUUGCAGAAAAAAACUUGACGCAGGAGGGGGAAGGUGGAAGGAAGGGAGGAGGGGAGGGAGCAAGGGUGGAUGGGGUGGGCCGAGGAGCAACUGGGGAGAAGCAAGGACAGCUGUAUGAAUCAGGGACGGUUGGUGGUGUACCCGCUCCGUCUGCUGCUGCAGCUGCUGCGGCUGCUGCUGCCUCUGCUCCCUCUGCUGCUGCUGCCUCUGUUGCUCUAUCUCCUGGUUCUCCUCCUGCCGCUUGUUGUGCUCCUGCCCCUGCUCCUGCUCCUGCCCCUGCUCCUGCUCCUGCCCCUGAUCCUUCUGUCUCUGCAGGAGGUGUAGGUGAGGCUGGAAGAGAGGGAGGGCCAUGGUAUGGAGGGAUGGAAGAGAUAGUGAUGGACUCACAGGAUGAGGAGGAUGAACCUGAUGCUGCUCCUCAUGCUCCUUAUGCUCAUGAUGCUCCUGCUGUUGCUCCUGCUCAUGCUCCUCCUCCUGAUGCUGCGGGUGCUGACGCUGAUGCUCAGAUGAUGGUGAUGGAUUCUGAAGAGCAAACUGAUGAUGCCUCUCGUGUGCACCUAGAUGAUCAUAAUCGCAACGUCCCUCAUGCUCGUGCAGAGGAAGAAGCAGUGCGAGCAAAGGUGAGAGGGCAAGAGAGGCUGGAAACGUUAGAACUUGCAGAGAGCAGGGCAGGGAAAAGGGUAAGGGACGACGCAAACAUGUGGAGAGGUGAAAAUGUGGGGGGAAAUGUGGGGGGAAAUGUGGGGGGAAAUGUGGGAGGAGAUGCUAGGAGGUGUAGCAAGGCCAGGAGAAGUAUAGCGUUUGGUGGUGCAGGUGGGGCUGAGGCGGCUGGUCCUGCUGCUGCUGCUGCUGCUGCUGUUGGGGCUGCUGGUGCUGGUGCUGGUGCCGCUACUGCUGCUGUUGCUGCUGCAGAAGCACCAGCAGCUGCAGCAGCAGCAGCAGCAGCAGCAGCAGCAGGAGAUGGUGUAGUGUCAUCUUCCCAAAGGCCGCCACUCCUGCCCCCAUUCGUGCUCGUGCAAAUGGGCACGGACUGCCUUCAAGUCGCCCUGCCCCCGUUUGCAACCACUGACAGUGAUGCAGGAGCAGAGGUGGGGACUGCAUGGCAACAGCAGCGACAGCAGCAGCAGGGGCAGCAGUGGCAGGAGAAAGUGGUGGCACAGGUGCCGGGAGCUGAGGAUGUGACAGUGGUGUGGUUGAUGCGACGACUCGAGCUGGAAUACCUGUGGACUCAAAACGCGACAGCUCGAGAUAGAAUACCUGGUCCCUGCCCCAUCGUGCGCCGUCUCUCCCUCAGCAACGUUGCUCUCUCACCCUCCUUGCCUCUGCACGUGGCUCUCACUCUCGCUCCCUCAACCGUACCAUGUGGGAGCAGGAGGGACAGCAGGGGCAGCGGCUCAAGCCCUGCGUGCCAGUCCCAGCUGCAGCAGCAGAAUGCCCUGCAAUCGACCGCCGACGGUUCUCAUUCCUACUGCCCUCCAUUGGUUGCCCACAUCACUGGUUGGCGGGCGCCGUCCCUCUCCCAGACCUACCACUUGGCAUGCAUUGAGCACGGCACACCCCCCUUGCAACCCAUCAAACACGCCCUCUCGCACAUGGUUCAUUCUCUGGAGCGCAUCUGCCUGCCAGGGCUGGGGCUCACAGACGAGCAGGCAGCGCCGCUGCUGGAUGCUGCUGCCUGCAUGCCUGCUCUCACCUUCCUCAACCUCUCACAUAACCAGCUGGGUUGCUCCUCCCUCAUAAAGAUUGCCACCUUGUUCCAGCAACGAUUGCCUGCCCAGCAGCAGCAGCACCACCUCCACUCCCCACCAGCAGCAGGAGGCACAGCUGCAGGAGUAGCAGCAGGAGGGGGAGAAGGCGGAGAAGGAAGAAGAGAAGGUCCAGAAGGGGCAAACCCAGGGGCAGCAGCUGCAGCGGCCGCCACAGCAGCAGCAGCAGCGUUGGGAUAUGCGCCACUGGGCGAGUCAUGUCUGUCGGCUCCGCUGCUGUCUCUUGACCUACACGCCAACUGCAUCACCUAUGAGGCGCUACGGCACCUUUUUCUCUUCAAUAAAAUCCUCUCCCCUUUCCCCCCCCCCUCCUCUCCCUUUCCCCCCGCCUCCUCUCCCUUUCCCCCCGCCUCCUCUCCCCUCCUUCCCUCCCCCCGAACAGCUUUUGUCAUCCUGUUGCCACCUCUGCCCUCCCUUGCUCCCCCUCCUCUCCCAUGCUUCCCCCCACCCCACCCACGCUUCCCUCGCUCGUCCCUGCAGCCCUGUCACGGCUGCAGGGAUAUGUCCAUAACUGCACUCAAGCGCCUCUUCUCCGCCCUCUCCUGCCUUCCACUGUACGCCAUUUCCCUCUCACUUGAUGCGCCUCAAAAAGUCGUCCCACAGUACGCUUCGACGCCCACCCCCUGUUGUUUCCUUCUCUCUCCCUCCCUCCCACUACUCCCUUUUAUUGCCCCUACUGAUGGUCUUGCGCACGCACCUUUACCAGCUCCAGAAAUCUGCAGGAUCUCUCUCUGCCCCGCCUGCCUCUCGACUGUCCCCAAGCGGCGGCGGUCUUUGCUCGCUUCCUCCUCUCCUGUCGCCGCCUCUGCUCCCUGCGCCUCCCUCAUGCCACAUUCUCCCGGCCAUUUUUCACCCACUCAUACUGCUCUUUCUUCUUCAGUACCUCCCCCCAUAAUCACACACCAUUCCUUCCUUCCCCCCACCUUCCCCCCACCUUCCCCCCACCUUCCCCCCACCUUUCCCCCACCUUCCCCCCACCUUCCCCCCACCUUCCCCCCACCUUCCCCCCACCUUUUCCCCACCUUCCCCCCACCUUCCCCACACCCCACCAUCAUGGCUCAGCCGUCUGCAUUGGCGUUCCAACAAGCUGUGAUGGAAGGUGCGUCAGCCCCAAGCCACCCUGCACAACCACAGCAGCAGCAGCAGCAGCAGCAGCAAGCAACAGCACAGCCAGUCAGGUUCCACCUGGAGCAGCUAGAUCUCUCUGGUGCCCUCAUCUCAGCUGCUCCCGCCACCCCUCUCGCCACCGCUCCUCCCUCCUCUCCUCCCACCGCCCCUCCCUCUCCUGAAGCAGGCCACUGGCCCCUUCCAAUUUUCAUUCUUUCCUACGAGCUCCCCUGCCCCUUCCGUCUCUCCAUUCACACCCAUGAGAUCCCUUCCACUUCUCGCCCUUACAGUGUCAAGACAUCACCUGCCCUCCUUCCCCUGCUGCAGCACCUGGCGUCUCCUCUCUGUCGCCUGGUGCAUCUAGACGUUUCACGCUGCACCCUACACCACCCCUCUGCUCUUGCACUGCUGCAAGCCAUGGCAGGUCCCCGCCACUGCCCAGUCCGCUUCCUCCGCCUCUCCUUCAACCCAAUCCUCUCUCCCCCGCCCAACUCGCCCCCCACCCCGCCCCGUACCGGCCUUUCCUCCGCCCAUGCAUCCCCCGCGCCUCUCCUCCUGUCGUCUCCUCCCCUCCCUCCCAUCCCUGCUCAACCCAUGCUGCCUGGUGCUGCUGCAAGCUGCCUACCCAUAGCUCCUCUCCAUUACCCCUUUACUGGCCUUCCAACUGUAGUAUCACCAUCUGUUGGUGGAAACGAUGGGCAUGCAUCUUCUCCUCCUUUUGGGGCGCCUCAAAAGUCUCUUGGGCUGUGUGUGGUGGUGCAUGUGGAGAUAGAGGUACAGGUGCUGCUGGUGGAGCUGUUGGUGGCGGGUUUAACGGGCUUGCUAGUGCUUUGGUCCCGCCUCAUCACUGCGAUCAUAGGAGCGUCCAUCAGAAAUACAUCGAGCGGCCUCACUGGCCUCACUACUUCAGCAGACGUCCACGCGACUCACAGCAGGUCCGUCAUGCCUACCCAUCGUCCCCCCAUGGAUUGCGGUACGCCGCAGCUUGCGGCGUUCUUCCUCGCCUGCGCGCUCCUCCUAGUGAGCGCGGCGGUGCCGGCGGCGGCGGUGUUCAAAGUCGCGUCGUACAAGGAGCUCGUGGUGGCGAUGCAGGCGGGCGGGCCCAUCGUCGUGUCGCACUCGUUCUACCUCGACGGGCCGCUGCCCAACGUGUCGCGCCCGCUCACCAUCUCCGCCGAUCCCGUGUGCAAGAAGACGCAGCUUCGAUUCUGCCGGCUAGACGGCAAGCGCAAAAACCGUCACUUCAUGGUCGUCAAGGGCGGCCAGCUCCGCCUCACCGGCCUGCUCCUCUCGCGCGGCCGCCCGCGCUCCGGCAGCGGCGGCUCGAUCUGGGUCCUGGACGGCGGCAGCGCGAUUCUCAACCAAGUCUACUUCCGCUUUAACGGAAUCGGCGGAACCACCGCGUCGGGCGGCGCGAUUGAGGUGGACUCGGGCGGGAGCGUCCGCAUGACUGCGUGCCACUUUAUCCGCAACUUCGCUGGGUUUGGCGGCGCGAUUGCUGGCGCGCUGCGCGCGACGGUGGUGGCGGACUAUUGUAUUUUCCACAGGAAUCAGGCGUCGACGGCGGGAGGCGCGGUUUCGCUGAUUAUGGACUCGGCGGGGGUGUUCCGACGACCCAAGUUCUUUGCCAAUCUGGCCGGGGCGGGCAGUGCAAUGCAGGCAGAUGGGUCAAAGUUAAACCUGUGCAACGUGCUGUGGUACAACAACAACGCCACUCUCCCUGAUACGGCAUUCUUGGCGACUGAGAAGAGUGUGGUGACGCUGUGUCGCACGAACCCUGCAAUUAUUAACGCCACGAGGGGCUCUACAGUCGUGCAGUCUUGUGCCUUCUGCCCAGUGCGAAGAAAAUAG